AGAAAACUUUUGUGGAAAACUCGGCCAGAAGUUAGCAAGUGUCAAGUGAAUCCACAACAUCACCACAAACGUCUUUUCAAGCCAGUACCCACUGCUCCAGACCAGCUGACUGUUGAUUCAGUGGAAUCCACAUCAGCUGCUGUUAGCUGGAGCCAGCCACCAGGAUUGGACCAAAGCCAACAUCAUUACCAGAUCUCUUACCACUGUUCAGGGACAAAACCACACAUCACUACCACGUCUUCACACAGCAUCACUCUCUCUGACCUGCAAUGUGGUUCUCAGUACUCCGUCACUGUCUGCACUGAGCUGGAAAAUGGAAAGCAAAGUGAACUGGUGUCAACAACCCUCACCACAAUACUUCCUGUUCCAGACCAGCUGACUGUUGACUCAGUGGACACCACAUCAGCUGCUGUUAGCUGGAACCAGCCACCAGGAUUGGACCAAACCCAACAUCAUUACCAGAUCUCCUACCACUGUCCAGGGACAGAACCACACAUCACUACCACGUCUUCACACAGCAUCACUCUCUCUGACCUGCAACGUGGUACUCAGUACUCUGUCACUGUCUGCACUGUGAUGGAAAAUGGAAAGCAAAGCAAACUGGUGUCAACAACCUUCACCACAGUACUUCCUGCUCCAGACCAGCUGACUGUUGACUCAGUGGACACCACAUCAGCUGCUGUUAGCUGGAGCCAGCCACCAGGAUUGGACCAAACCCAACAUCAUUACCAGAUCUCCUACCAGUGUCCAGGGACAGAACCACACAUCGCUACCACAUCUUCACACAGCAUCACUCUCUCUGACCUGCAAUGUGGUACUCAGUUCUCCGUCACUGUCUGCACUGUGCUGGAAAAUGGAAAGCAAAGUCAACUGGUGUCAACAACCCUCACAACAAUACUUCCUGCUCCAGACCAGCUGACUGUUGACUCAGUGGACACCACAUCAGCUGCUGUUAGCUGGAACCAGCCACCAGGAUUGAACCAAACCCAACAUCAUUACCAGAUCUCCUACCAGUGUCCAGGGACAAAACCACACAUCACUACCACAUCUUCACCCAGCAUCACUCUCUCUGACCUGCAAGGUGGUACUCAGUACUCUGUCGCUGUCUGCACUGUGCUGGAAAAUGGAAAGCAAAGCAAACUGGUGUCAACAACCCUCACAACAGUACUUCCUGCUCCAGACCAGCUGACUGUUGACUCAGUGGACACCACAUCAGCUGCUGUUAGCUGGAGCCAGCCACCAGGAUUGGACCAAAGCCAACAUCAUUACCAGAUCUCCUACCAGUGGCCAGGGACAGAACCACACAUCACUACCACGUCUUCACACAGCAUCAGUCUCUCUGACCUGCAACGUGGUACUCAGUACUCUAUCACUGUCUGCACUGUGCUGGAAGAUGGAAAGAAAAGUCAACUGGUGUCAACAACCCUCACCACAGUACAUUUUCAGUGGUGGAGGAGACCAUCCAGAGUUGCUGCAGUGUGUGUUCUACUGGCUGUCAUCAUAGGCCUGUGGGAUUCCUAUGCAACUGCAGAGCGAGACCAGCUACAGAAUAGUCUAAAUACCAGGACUACAGAGAGAGACCAGCUACAGAAUAGUCUAAAUACCAGGACCACAGAGAGAGACCAGCUACAGAAUAGUCUAAAUACCAGGACUACAGAGAGAGACCAGCUACAGAAUAGUCUAAAUACCAGGACUACAGAGAGAGACCAGCUACAGAAUAGUCUAAAUACCAGGGCCACUGAAGUAGACAAGUUGAAAAAGAGUCUGAACACUACAACUAUGGAGCGUGACCAGCUACAGAAGGAGAUAGAACGACUGAACUGGGAGAACAAAAGGUCCUGUCCUGAAGGAUGGAGAAGGUUUGGCUGUAGCUGUUACUACCUGUCUACUGAGAAGAAAUCAUGGGAGAAGAGUAGACAGGACUGUCUGGAGAGAGGAGCAGACCUGGUGAUCAUUAACAGUGAAGAGGAACAGACAUUUAUCAAUGGGUUUAAAUCAGUCAGUUAUGCCUGGAUUGGUCUGACUGACUCUGUUACUAAGGGGCCCUGGAAAUGGGUGGACGGCACCCCACUGACCACCGCAAGGUAUUGGAGAAUUGGACAUCCUCUUGGUAGUACACUCCAUUACUGUGCGUUCAUCCAUCACAUGUCAUCAGGCCAUGGACAAUGGUGGAGUUUUGAUUGUUCCUCUUCAGAACAUUGGAUCUGUGAGAAAGUCUUCUCAUAGUUACUUUCUCUGCACUGCUGAUUAAUGAACUCUCUACUGCAUGGGUGUCAAACUCUGGCCCGCGGGGUAAUUAUAUUUGGCCCGCGAGACAAUACCAAAUUACUACUAGAGCUGGCCCAACGGUAUUAUACAGCGCAUUCACCGCUAAUACUACGAAUCCCAUAAUGCUCUGCUGUUGUUUUCGCGCGCCAAUCAGGACAGGACCCUGAAACGCCCUCUCCUCUGUGACAGAAGUCAUAGCAACAUAGACGCUACAACUGUCAGCGCGCUACCCUUCCCAAAAAUCGCGCUUUCUGGAGCUUUCUGGACAAGUGGGAGGCAGAAUAUCUGUUUACAUAUGUAAAAGACAAACCUGUUUGUCUUGUUUGUGGAGUCAACGUGGCUGUAAGUAAGGAGUACAACAUUAGACGACACUAUGAAACGAAACACCAUGACAAAUACAAGGACCUGGACAUGACUCAAAGGAGCCAGAAAGUAGAGGAGAUGAAAAGAAGUUUGGUUUCACAACAGAAUAUGUUCAAAAAAGCCACAUCACAAAGUGAGGCUGCUGUAAAGGCUAGUUAUAUAGUGGCAGCAGAGAUCGCAAAAUCAGCCCGGCCCUUUAAUGAGGGAGAGUUCGUGAAAAAGUGCAUGAUGAACGUUUGUGACCUCGUAUGCCCAGAGAAAAAGUAAGCAUUUUCAAACGUGAGCCUGAGCAGGAACACAGUAGAUUUCUUCAACGCAGAGCCUGAGCCCAGACAUUGAUGAACUAGCAACUAGCAAGAAGAGAUGCCAGGUAUCUGGCUUGGGCACAUCAGAUUAGAUCAGUGUGCAAUAACUAACGUUUUCUUUGUGCACUUUUUCUUGCUACAAGGCAUGGGCUUGAAUGGUUGAUUGAUUUAUUAUCAUUUUAUUUGUAAAAUGAUUAGCCAGUGGAAAAAGUUUAUUUUGGUAUUUAAAUCAGAAGGCUGCAAAUAGAAAAGAGGCAUACGAUUUUUAUUUAAAUUUUAUUUAUUUAAUAAAUUAAUGCCAUUGAUGUGUUUUUUCAUUUAAAAUUCGAUUUUGCAUGUCUCCACUAUUAAAUUAUAUAUUGUAUGGUAAUAAGCGAUGCUUGUUCCAUAUUCAAUGUUAAAGCAAAACUUGUUUGGGUCCAUAUUAAAAGGUUAAUUUGUUCAAUGUUGGCCCGUGACUUUGUUCAGGUUUUACAUUUUGGCCCACUGGGUAUUUGAGUUUGACACCCCUGCUCUACUGUAUGUUAAUGAUGGUCUGAAGACUGAUGGGAUUUGAUAGAAUGGUACUCUGAACUACAGCUAGGAGAGAAACACAUACACACAUUCAGACACACACACACACAGUACCUGAACAAGAGUCUCCCACGGGAGAAAACAACACCUUUAUUAGACAAAGAGGAAAUUCUCUUUUGGUUCGAGAUACACUGAUUUUGAAAUCUCGGGAGGGGCUACUUCAUCACGUGACCAUGAACAACCAAUCAUGACCAACUCAUGUCCACUAUACAAGCUGACAAUCAUUUAUUCAUAUGUCAAACAAUGAUGUGUAGAAUAGGGAGAUAUCAUUCAAUAGCCGCUGUCAAUCAAUUACUGUUACGUUUUACACUUCUAAACACAUUUAAAAUGACUAUGUUUAUCAGG